GUAGGAUUGGAGACGACUUGUUUUGAUUUCCAACGUUCCCUGUGUGGAGUAAAGAAAGACCCACUGACUACUAAACAGACUACCCAACUCUCAUUCGACUGAAAAUGUCUAAACUACAGUUGUUGCGUGUGUUUUUAAAUGAUCGUUUAACGGCGGCUGCUGUGGAGAUUUUCGGUGCGGUUGAGAAAACGGUAGUAGAAUACCAGGAGGAGAAUGAUCGGCUACGGAGACUGCUGCGGAGGACACCGGAGAUGCCACUACCGUUAUCUAGAAUAGACUCCUUGCAGCUCUCUGCCUCUGAAGAGGAGGUUCCCCCUGAGCAGCAGCACUGUGAGCAGGAGUGGAGCCCCAGUCUGGGACAGGAGGACCCAGAGCCCAUACAGGUUAAAGAGAAACAGGAGGAACUGAGGAGCAGUCAGGAGGAAGAGCAGCUUCAAGGGCUGGAGCCUGAUAUCAUAGAGUUCGAUUUCACUCCUUCAGGUGUGAAAAGGGAAUGUGAUCAGGAGGACCAUCUUUGGUCCUUGACUCUUCCCCAAACCAAGACUGUGAAGAGCAGAGAGAGUGACUGUAAACCAGUGGAUCUCAAACCUUUUGGCACUGUAACCAACCUAAAGGGUCUCGACAUUCCCUGUGACCCUCCAGAUAAUCAAAACAAUGCCUCCAGCCGCAGCUCAGCCGUAAGCAGAAACCCAGUAGGACUUGACAGCAGCCCACCAUUGGAUCUGAACCAAAUAAUGGGGGAAACCUGCACCUGGCCCUUUUGUGGCAAGACCUUUAAACAAAAAGGACAUCUGUCCAGGCACAUGAGGGUUCACACAGGAGAGAAACCAUUUAGUUGUGGUGACUGUGGGAAAAGCUUCAGUCAGAAGGGGAACCUAACCAUGCAGAAACUGUCUAAAGCAUUUAGCUGUGGUGACUGUGGGAAAAGCUUCAGUCAGAAGGGGAACCUAACCAUGCAGAAACUGUCUAAAGCAUUUAGCUGUGGUGACUGUGGGAAAGGCUUCAGUCAGAAGAUGGACCUAAGGAGGCAUAAACUGACUUACAUUUGGAAAGUAUUCAGACCCCUUGACUUUUUUCCACAUUUUGUUACGUUACAGACUUAUUCUAGAAUUGAUUAAAUAAAGAAAAUGUCCUCAUCAAUCUACACACAAUACCCCAUAAUGACAUUGAAAACUGUUUGUUAUCAUUUUUUUCACAUUAACAUUUUGAAAAAAGAACUUUAUUUACAAAAGUAUUCAGACCCUUUGCUAUGUGAUUAUAAAAUUGAGCUCAGGUGCAUCCUGUUUCCAUUGAUCGUCCUUGAUGUUUCUACAACUUCAUUGGAGUCCACCUUUGGAAAAUUCCAUUGGUUGGACAUGAUUUGGAAAGGCACACACCUGUCUAUAUAAGGUCACACAGUCGACAGUGGAUGUCAGAGCAAAAACCAAGCCAUGAGGUCAAAGGAAUUGUCCUUAGAGC